AUGGAUUUCAGACGGAGCAAACUCACCAUGCCCCCUGAGGUUCUUUAUGGAAAGGUCAAUGUCCAGUCUUUUGACAAGCUGGAGAACAGUCUUCCUGUGCCCCCGCACUGCGACCCUCCCAUGACUCCCUGGCAGGCGACCUUCGUGUGGCGCGCCGAGCGCCGCUUAGUUGUGGAGUACUCGGAGAACAGCGGGCCGUGCCUCCUCACUCCUGCGCGGGACAACCUCCAUCAGAUCGAUGCAGUGGACGGCCCCGCUGCGUUCCUGGACAUUCUGGCACCUCCUUAUAAUCCAGAUGACGGGCGGGACUGUCACUAUUACAAAGUUCUGCAAAGGGUGGCAGCAGAAGGAACAGGUACAGCAUCCAACCAAGAGGAACAGAAAGAGAAAGAAAACGAGGCGUGGCUCCUUGAAAUCCCUCAGCCAGAGGAUUUCUGGUGCGGUGGGGAGCCCUACGCAGGCCCUGCAGUCGAUGUCUGAGCGACGUCAUGGACAUGUAUUAUAAUUCUCCACUGAAUCUCCCUGCCUUCUUUCAGCGUUUAACAGUGAAUUGCAGACAGCAGGACUCAUUUUAUGAAGCUCGGGUUGCCAGGUUGUAUUUCUGAGACCAGUGUCAGCGUACUAGGAUGGUGGGGCUUAAGGUCCCACCUACUCACCCACAGCAAGGAAAGAACUCCAUGAAUCAACAAGAGUGAGCGUCUGGGAAAAUGAUCCGUUUUUAAUCAUGUAAAUGUGCUGUUUGUUCAUGGGGGGAGGCACUUGUACUGGGACCAUCCUAUAGAGACUCCUAUGUUCCUGGAUGAGCUUCAGCUUCUGGGAUCUUUUAUGAAGUCCAUCUUUAAUACAUGACAACGAGUGGUAGCUCCUGUACCGGUGGGUGACGAGGCAGAGUUUUCUUCCAGAGGGAUACCAAGUAUUUACCUGAGGAAAGUCUUUACCCUUUCACAGAACAAGCAGGACAGCCCUCUGUACGCAGCCUAGCUGUUCAUGCAUCACUAACUGAGCUGGCCAAGUCUCACCACAGUGGGAGGUGUUGGAAAUGAACAAACCAUGGAGUGUAAC